AUGGCCCGUGAUCAAACAGCUUCACGUUCGGUCCGAACUCUCUGGGUCUGGCCUGGUGGCAUAUUCCCACGACGCGUUGCCUACUACGUCAAAGCGAAAUCCGUAACAGCCGACCAUCUCAACCGUCUGGGGCUGACUCUGAUCCCCUGCACUGUCGACCUAAAGUCCCAAGAUCUGGCUCUGGAUGCCAUCCCAGGCCACGAGAAAAGACCUAAGGGCUUCUCACUUCCCGUCUUGCGCAUACAAGACCUCGAAUCCUCCAACCACAGCAAAUUCAUCGCCCAGUCCAGCAGCAUCCUCGAGUACUUGGAAGACCUACUUCCAGCGUCGGACGGGCACCCCAGUCUGCGGGGUGACGACGCCUUCCAAGCAGCCAGAGUCAGGGACAUCGUCCAACUCAUCAACGAAGUCUUGACCUGGUGCAACGUCUAUGUUCGACACCUCACGGCAUUCAGUCUUGGGUGGAGUGGAAUGACAGAGGAACAGCAGAGCCCUCAGGCGGGGGAGGACGCUCAAGUUCAAUACCGCCGUCUGUUGACGACACUGCAGUCUUGGACCAAUACAUGUUCAAAGGGAGUCAGUCUGGUUGGCGCCGACCGGCCCACCCUUGCAGAUAUCACGGCCGCGGCCGCCAAGACGUCCAUGGAAGAUCUCUACGGCAUAAAUCUGUUCGACGGCUUUGAAGGUUUGGAGGCUUGGUGGACGCGAUAUCAGUCGAGCCCUUGGUUCGUGAUCAGAGAUGUGAUCGACCAAAUUGAAAAAGAUGGGUUCAACCUUCUUUUGAAAUGA